UUUUUGAACAGUUUUGUUCUCCAUUUAAUGUUUUUUAUGUGGACGUAAUAGUCCUCGAAGCGAGUGCAUAAUUAAGAUUUUUUUUCAAAAAAAAUCAUUAAGUAGUAGUAUGUUUUAAAUGUAAAAAUAAGAAAAUAUGGCAAACGUUGGAGUGAAAACAAUCAACAAUAUAAUAAAAGAAUUAAAAUCGGUUCUCAAAUCCGAAGAAUUGGACCCAGACAAAUUUAACGAGAAUUUCUACAAGUUUUACAUAAAUUUGCUCCUGCUCGAUCCGGAAUGGAGGGUCAACAUCUCCUUCUUAGAGAGACAAAAAAUAGAGGAGUUGAUAGAUUUCCUGUUGAAAGCAUACAAAACGGAAAGGGAGCCUAAGAUGACGCUCCUGAAAUUCCAGUACAGUACACGAAAAAGACACGAGUAUUACUUGGAAAACGGCGACGCCAUCGAGGCUCAACGUCUAACUAAAGUUAACGCUAGGCUGCAUUCAUUAAAGUCAUCAAUUCUGAACCCGAAUCCUGAAACAGUUAAUAUAGAGAAUAGUCCUGAUGUUGAAGAAAUAUUCAAAGAUAUCGUGAUCUAUUUUAGUCUAUUUUCUGGUAUGGGUAGUUAUUCGAAUAUUCAGAUUUAUACUAUAAAUUAUAAGGUGGUAAAAAGUGUUUUGAGUUUACAAGAGUUAAAGGACCUCUUACGAAUUCCUUAUGAUAAACGUGUGACUAUGUUCGAUGAUAUUAUCUCCGUUUGCAUGGGUGUCAGGUUGUAUAAUAAUAGCUGUGGUUAUAAUUCUGAAGGUAUCCUAGAUGUACCGCAAGAGUUGGACAAUUUAAUAAGCUCAUUGAUAUCCAAAUUAUUUGAUGAAUCUGUGACAUUAGACCACAAAAUAUAUCAACUGUCUGACUUAUUAAAAAAAUGCUACACUUUGGAAGAAAUCGAAGGAAAUGUCCAUCUUAAAUUGAAUGUUCCUGCGAAAUUAACGAGUGAAAAUUUAACAUCAUCUGUACAAUUGCUGGUACUUUACAAACAGAGCUAUAAGGAAAUGCGUAAGAUCAGUGAAUUAGCGGUGGAGCUCAGAGAAAAAUCAAUUUCGAUACAUCAAAACUUGCUCUUGAUCAUGGGUAAACUUAGUCGUUUGGUUAUACCGGAAAUAUUAAUCAGCGCUGCAUUGGUUUUUCCUUAUUUCAUGGAAAUAGCAAUGUAUUGGAAUACAUUAAGAGACCAUUAUUUUCGAUUAAACUAUUUAGUAGAGUAUGCCCACUUUGUAAUGACUAAGACAAGUUCCUUUGAUUCUUUUUUUAACAAAAUGAUGUCCAUCGGCAUAUCCAAUUAUCGUAUAGAGAGUGAGAAUGACAUUAUAAGCUCGAAGUAUUCGAUAAAUAGUGCAGUAUCAAGAAAGGAUUCAUUAUACGACUAUAAUGGAUAUUGUUGCGUUAUUUUGACGUUCUCCGAGGGCUUAUUACUUAAAGGCCGAGAAAACUUUGGUAUUUCUAACUAUUGUGGUAAAAGUUACAUAUUUUCCUCGUCAGUUGCUUAUGAAGCUUUUGAAGCAAAUCCAGAAUAUUAUGUAAAAAGUGUAAUAAAAAUUGCACGCAGCAAUUGCGGAUUAAUAUGUUACUUGAACAUGCAUGAUAGAAUGAUAGAAUUCAAGAAUGAUUAUGAACUCGUACCGGAACUGAUCAGUGUUGUUACGCACGCGGAUGUUGGUUGUCAAGUCGAUCUUGAUCUCCUGCUCGAUAUAUUUAGCAGCAAACAAUUAUCAUCCAGCGUCUGGUAUUAUAGAAAACAGGCGACAGAAUUGCUUAAUCUAACGACAAUGGUUUCGAAAACAGUGAACACUGAGAAGAAAAUGAAUAUUGACGCAAUAGCGACGCAGACAUAUCAUUUGAAACAUACUGGUACUCAAACCAUGUCGGAUAUUUACACGAAUACACAUCGAAAUUUGUCAUUUUUAUACGGUCUCAGAGGCUGUAAAGAGGAUAAGUACGCACACUUAAAAGCGAAAUUCGGUGAUAAAUAUACUAAAAAAAGUAUUUGAGGCAACGGUAUGUGUGAGAUAUAUGUCUUAAUUCUGUUAAUAUACUGUUGAAAUGCC